AGAUCAGCCGGGAACACCGGGAGAGACACUGCGGAGAACUCGGACAACCACAUCUUCAACUGGACUUUAUGCAACGUUUACAAUUAUGCAUUUUUACUCUUUAGCACUUAUUGCGCAACAGAGCUUACGGAUCCUUUGAAUUUGUCAUUUUAUUGUUAUUAUUUCUUUCUUUGGCAUCCAGAAAUAACAAUUUGCGCUUUUGGCGGUGAAUCCUCAUCUUACUUUGGUAUGGAGGUACUGCAGAGGCAAGAUGAGUUCUGAUACAGAUCAUGCCGUGAACUUCUUGAGUAAUGCUUCCUCCGAACUGUCCGACGUCUCCAAUUCGAGCUCCGCGGGCAACGGGACCGAACCGAGCUCGUUCAGUCUCCGCCGUGCGAUUCCACUGGGCAUGGUUCUGGGCGCUUUUAUUGUGUUCGCUAUCGUGGGCAACAUUCUCGUUAUUCUCUCCGUGGUGUGCAACAGGCACCUGCGCAUCCCUACCAACUACUUCAUCAUCAAUUUAGCCAUGGCAGACCUGUUGCUGAGCACCACUGUCCUGCCGGUGUCCGCCACGCGUGAAAUUCUGAACUACUGGGUGUUCGGGAGGAUUUUCUGUGACAUCUGGGCUGCGGUGGAUGUGCUGUGCUGCACCGCGUCCAUCAUGAGCUUGUGCGUCAUCUCCAUAGACCGCUACAUCGGGGUGCGUUACCCGCUGCAGUACCCGAGCAUUGUGACCGAGAAAAGGGCGCUCUUGGCCAUGCUGGGUGUUUGGGUUCUUGCCUUUGUCAUCUCUAUAGGACCUCUGCUCGGGUGGAAAGAGCCUCCUUCGGAGGACGAGACAGUGUGCCUCAUCACGGAGGAGCCGUUUUACGCGCUCUUCUCCUCGCUGGGCUCCUUCUACAUCCCUUUGGCGGUGAUUCUGGCCAUGUACUGCCGAGUGUAUAUAGUAGCCAAGAGAACCACUAAAAACCUCGAGGCUGGAGUGAUGAAGGAGCACAUGGACUCUAACGAGCUGACGCUCCGGAUUCAUUAUAAAGGCUCUCAGACGCAGGAUGACUGCAGCAAGGGCCACAUGAGGAGCUCGCUGACAGUCAAACUGCUCAAGUUUUCUAGAGAAAAGAAAGCUGCUAAAACGCUUGGUGUUGUUGUGGGCAUGUUUAUCCUCUGCUGGUUACCAUUUUUCCUCGCAUUACCCAUCGGGUCGUUUAACACCAGCUUACGUCCUCCUGAAACAUUCUUCAAAGUGAUCUUCUGGCUGGGCUACUUCAACAGCUGCCUGAACCCCAUUAUUUACCCCUGUUACAGCCGUGAGUUCAAGCAGGCCUUCAUUCGGAUCUUACAGUGCCAGUGUCAGCAGAGGAAACAACAGGGAUGGAGGGCAUACAACUACCGUGUCCAGACGGCCUCGGCCAACCAGGUCUACACAGACACCAGCUCUAUUUGCAUGAACGGCAGUCAGCAGACCCUGGCACCAAUGCAACCCAGCCCAAUGUUAUUCAGCAGAGUUGGUGGCUCUCGUCCGGCUUCAGGCCUUCUUCCAGGCUGGGGCCCCUGUACCUCCUCUUCCUCUUCCUCCUUAUCUGGGAGCCCUUCUCCUGGUACAAUGAGAGCCAGCUCUAGGGCGACGAGUCCUUGCAAAAGUAACAGGAUGGCUUUGCUGUUAUCCAGUGGGUCCCAGCAUGCCAGUGGACAGAAUGGGAAGCGAGAGACAGAGCAUGGGCUGAUAUCUAGACACACGCCUGAGACUACAAUCUAGAUUGAUGGUGAUAUUGACUUUCAUGCCAGUGAUUUCUCUGUCUCUCAGUUCUUUCUGGAUGGAUCUGAUGCAGUAUUGUAGAAAUGAAAUACAUUGGGAAUCUUCUCAUGCAUGUCAACAUUGUUUAAUUUGAGUCACAGUUUGCUAUGUAACAAAUAAUGAACAGUUAGCCGGUAAUUACCACAAAAUAAACCCCGCCCAGGUGAUUAGGAUACAGAUGCAAACAAGUAAAUAAAUGGGCAUGAAAAAUUGGUUUGAGUUGAUAUUAUUUUAUCUGCAUAUUCUUAAAGCAUCACUAAGAAAAAAAUAGUCCAUACAAAUCAACUGACAUAGCAAAAAGAUAAACACUGCAACAACAGAGUAAUAUUUUUAACAGUAUUUUUAACUUGAAAGCUUGCAGUUGACAACUAAGACGCAUGACGGAGGCAGUUGCGUAUGUGUAAAACGAGAGAGAAUGAGUCUGGGUUUUAUGUUAAGAAGAUUGACUGGGUCGUCAUGCGUGACUGAGUGAAUAAGUGCAACUGUUCCCUCUGCCUUGGUUCCAGAAGUAUUUUUACUCCUAUUUUCCCAUAGAGAGUUUUAUAAGCAUAAACCAAACAAACCAGCUACGAGAUGAAUCACAACAUUACAAACUUUGAUUUAAAGCAAAAACAUAUUUGUACAUUUGCACAAGACUCUGUACUUUAAUGGCUUCAGUGAAGGAAACAGUCCCAUGAAGUAUUGGAACUUUUUAUUCAUUUAAAGGGAUAGUUCACCCAAAAAUAAAAAUUCUGUCAUUACUCACCCUCAUUUUAUUCCAGACACAUAAGACCUUCUUUCAUCUUCAGAACACAAAUGAAGUUUUCUUUUGUUGAAAUCCGAGAGCUUUCUGACCCUCCAUAGACAGCAAUGAAACUGAAACAUUCCCAGCCACAGAAGGGUGGGAAGGACAUUGUUAAAAUAAUACGUGACAUCAGUGGUAAAAUUGUAAUAUUAUGAAGCUACGAGAAUUAUUUUUGAGUGCAAAGAAAAGAAAAAUAAUAACUUUAUUUAACAAUUCUCUUCUUCUGCAUCAGCGUCCGCCCCCAUUCAUGAGAGAACCAUGACACAACAGGGUCAGAAAGCUCUCAGAUUUAAUACAAAAUAUCUUAAUUUGUUUUCUGCAGAUGAACAAAGUCUUAUGGGUUUGGAAUGACAUGAGGGUUAUAUGACAACAUUAUAAAAAUGGGGAAGUUGUGGCCCAAUGGUUAGAGUCUGACUUGUAACCCAAAGGUUGUGGGUUUGAGUUUGGGGGUGAAUGUAAAGCGCUCUCUCCCACCUUCAAUGCCAUGAAUGAAGUGCCCUCCAGUUCCCUUGAGCAAGGCACUGAACCCCCAACUGCUCCCUGAGAGCUGCAGCAAAAAUGUCUGCCCACUGCUCUGGGUGUAUGUGUGUGUGUGUGUGUGUGUGUGUGUGUACACUUUGGAUGGGAUAAAUGCAGAGCACUAAUUCCAAGCGUGUGUCACCAUACUUGGCCACUCUUCACUUUCAAAAGUUUUGGCAGUGACAUAAAUUUUGUGUUUUGCAAAGCUUGCUGCUUAAGCUAUUGUGGUGUUCAUUCACAUUGUUUCUAUAUUAUUGUGAAGAUAAUUUUGAAUUAUUAUUUAAAAUACAAAUAAUUGUUUGCAUUUUAAAUCAUUUAUUAAAACUUCAUUGGCCAAAACAUUUACUUUUCAAAAAAAAAGAGAAAAAAAAUCACUGUUUUUUGAUCCUGACACAAAGCUAAAAUGAAUUGACUAAUCAUAUCAGCAGCAGCACAUGUGAAACUGUGAAUUAGUCGUCAGGUGAAAUCACUCUAAGUAGAUUGUAAGAGCAAAUUAAAUGCUAUAAAAGAAGGGGAGAAGCACUUAUUGUGUUCUUGUUGGAAAAGGUUACCUCCAAUCAUCAUUUGUCCAACCAUCAUUUAUUUGCAUCAAAAUGGCAUCACAUGCAAGGAAAUUGCUACAAAGAAUAUUGCACCUGAAAGAACCAUUUACCAGAUCAUUAAGAACUGCAAGGAAAGAGGUUUGACUCCAGUGUAGAAGUCUUCAGGACAGUCAGCUACAGAAUCAUGUUUCCAGCCAUGCAGAGCUUGCUCAGGAACGGCAACAGGUUGGUGUGAGAACAUCUGCAAGAAAAAGGGGGCCAAGACUUUUUGGGACAUUUGGGUCAGGAUUUGGCCCGGAAGUUAAUAUCCAUCAGGCCAGAGUGAACUGCAGAGGUUAUGAAGAACAAUGGUCUACACUGUAAAUAUUGGCUUGUGCAUUUUUUUUAAUUUUAUUAUUAUUAUUAUUUAUUGUUUUUUCCAAUAAAAGCCUUUGAAACU